AUGCAGCAGGAGGAUACAGCAGCAGGAUACAGCAGGAGGAUACAGCAGGAGGAUACAGCAGGAGGAUUCAGCAGGAGAAUACAGCAGGAGGAUACAGCAGGAGGAUUCAGCAGAAGGAUACAGCAGGAGGAUACAGCAGGAGGAUACAGCAAGAGGAUGCAGCAGGAGGAUAGAGCAGGAGGAUACAGCAGGAGGAUACAGCAGGAGGAUACAGCAGGAGGAUACAGCAGGAGGAUUCAGCAGGAGGAUACAGCAGGAGGCUACAGCAGGAGGAUACAGCAGGAGGAUACAGCAGGAGACUACAGCAGGAGGAUACAGCAGGAGGAUACAGCAGGAGGAUACAGCAGGAGACUACAGCAGGAGGAUACAGCAGGAGGAUACAGCAGGAGAAUACAGCAGGAGGAUACAGCAGGAGGAUGCAGCAGGAGGAUACAGCAGAAGGAUACAGCAGGAGGAUACAGCAGGAGGAUACAGCAGGAGGAUUCAGCAGGAGAAUACAGCAGGAGGAUACAGCAGGAGGAUUCAGCAGAAGGAUACAGCAGGAGGAUACAGCAGGAGGAUACAGCAAGAGGAUGCAGCAGGAGGAUAGAGCAGGAGGAUACAGCAGGAGGAUACAGCAGGAGGAUACAGCAGGAGGAUACAGCAGGAGGAUUCAGCAGGAGGAUACAGCAGGAGGCUACAGCAGGAGGAUACAGCAGGAGGAUACAGCAGGAGGCUACAGCAGGAGGAUACAGCAGGAGGAUACAGCAGGAGGAUACAGCAGGAGGAUACAGCAGGAGGAUACAGCAGGAGGAUACAGCAGGAGGAUACAGCAGGAGAAUACAGCAGGAGGAUACAGCAGGAGGAUGCAGCAGGAGGAUACAGCAGAAGGAUACAGCAGGAGGAUACAGCAGGAGGAUACAGCAGGAGGAUACAGCAGGAGGAUUCAGCAGGAGGAUACAGCAGGAGGAUACAGCAGGAGGAUACAGCAGGAGGAUACAGCAGGAGGAUACAGCAGGAGGAUACAGCAGGAGGAUACAGCAGGAGGAUACAGCAGGAGGAUUCAACAGGAGGAUACAGCAGGAGGAUACAGAAGGAGGAUACAGCAGGAGGAUACAGCAGGAGGAUACAGCAGGAGGAUACAGCAGGAGGAUACAGCAGGAGGAUUCAGCAGGAGGAUACAGCAGGAGGAUACAGAAGGAGGAUACAGCAAGAGGAUACAGCAGGAGGAUACAGCAGGAGGAUACAGCAGGAGGAUACAUCAGGAGGAUACAGCAGGAGGAUGCAGCAGGAGGAUACAGCAGGAGGAUACAGCAGGAGGAUUCAACAGGAGGAUACAGCAGGAGGAUACAGAAGGAGGAUACAGCAGGAGGAUACAGCAGGAGGAUACAGCAGGAGGAUACAGCAGGAGGAUACAGCAGGAGGAUUCAGCAGGAGGAUACAGCAGGAGGAUACAGAAGGAGGAUACAGCAAGAGGAUACAGCAGGAGGAUACAGCAGGAGGAUACAGCAGGAGGAUACAUCAGGAGGAUACAGCAGGAGGAUGCAGCAGGAGGAUACAGCAGGAGGAUACAGCAGGAGGAUACAGCAGGAGGAUACAGCAGGAUGGCUGUGGUGCGUCCAUGGUGCAGCUCAGAGCGUGGUGCGUUCAGGAUCUGGUUCAGAGCGUGGUGCGUUCAGGGUCUGGUUCAGAGCGUGGUGCGUUCAGGGUCCGGCUCAGAGCGUGGUGCGUUCAGGGUCUGGCUCAGAGCGUGGUGCGUUCAGGGUCCGGCUCAGAGCGUGGUGCGUUCAGGGUCCGGCUCAGAGCGUGGUGCGUUCAGGGUCCGGCUCAGAGCGUGGUGCGUUCAGGGUCCGGCUCAGAGCGUGGUGCGUUCAGGGUCCGGUUCAGAGCGUGGUGCGUUCAGGGUCCGGCUCAGAGCGUGGUGCGUUCAGGGUCCGGCUCAGAGCGUGGUGCGUUCAGGGUCCGGCUCAGAGCGUGGUGCGUUCAGGGUCCGGCUCAGAGCGUGGUGCGUUCAGGGUCCGGCUCAGAGCGUGGUGCGUUCAGGGUCCGGCUCAGAGCGUGGUGCGUUCAGGGUCUGGCUCAAAGCGUGGUGCGUUCAUGGUCUGGCUCAAAGCGUGGUGCGUUCAGGGUCCGGCUCAGAGCGUGGUGCGUUCAGGGUCCGGCUCAGAGCGUGGUGCGUUCAGGGUCCGGCUCAGAGCGUGGUGCGUUCAGGGUCUGGUUCAGAGCGUGGUGCGUUCAGGGUCUGGUUCAGAGCGUGGUGCGUUCAGGGUCUGGUUCAGAGCGUGGUGCGUUCAGGGUCUGAUUCAGAGCGUGGUGUGUUCAUGGUCCGGCUCAGAGCGUGGUGCGUUCAGGGUCCGGCUCAGAGCGUGGUGCGUUCAGGGUCCGGCUCAGAGCGUGGUGCGUUCAGGGUCCGGCUCAGAGCGUGGUGCGUUCAGGGUCCGGCUCAGAGCGUGGUGUGUUCAGGGUCUGGUUCAGAGCGUGGUGUGUUCAUGGUCCGGCUCAGAGCGUGGUGCGUUCAGGGUCCGGCUCAGAGCGUGGUGCGUUCAGGGUCCGGCUCAGAGCGUGGUGCGUUCAGGGUCCGGCUCAGAGCGUGGUGUGUUCAGGGUCUGGUUCAGAGCGUGGUGUGUUCAUGGUCCGGCUCAGAGCGUGGUGCGUUCAGGGUCCGGCUCAGAGCGUGGUGCGUUCAGGGUCCGGCUCAGAGCGUGGUGUGUUCAUGGUCCGGCUCAGAGCGUGGUGCGUUCAGGGUCUGGUUCAGAGCGUGGUGCGUUCAGGGUCCGGCUCAGAACAGUGUGA